AUGACUGCGGUUCUUCAAAGAAGGCCGCAGAAAGGAAGAAGAGAAGCUGCUGCAAACGCUAAGCCGCCGAAGAAGCUAAAGCAAAGAAACAGGAAGCUGGCGUUGCAGCUGCCGCUGCUAAGAAAGCUGCGGAGCAGCUUGGUGCAGCCGCUGAGGGCUAAACAAGAAGAAUUGGCUAAACAGGCUGAAAUUGAAAAGGCAAAGAAAGAAGAAGAAGAACGCGUUCGUUUGGAAGAAGAAAAACGUCAGGCGGAAGCCGCUAAAGCCGAAGAAGAAAGACAGCAAUUAUUACGUCUUGAAGAAAUAGCGCGUCAAGCAGAAGAAGAAAAGGAGGCCGAGCUCGCACGACAAGCCGAAGAACUUGCCGAAAUGGCGAAGCAAGAGGCCGAAUUAGCCGAGAAAGCCAAAGCAGAAGAAGAAGCAGCUGAACAACAGCGUAAAGAAGCAGAAGCUGCUGAAUUAGCACAAAAAGAAGCAGAGUUAGCCGAGUUGGAAACCAAAGAGAAAGAACUCACUGAACAAGCCGAACAAGCACGUGCGGAAGCCGAUGAAGCAGCCGCUGAAGUAACACCAGCUGAAAACGAAGCAAGCAGUGAAGAACCACUGGUUGAAGAACCUGAAAGCCCAGCGCCGGCUGAAGAAACAGCUGCGGAACCAGCAGAAGAGGUUCCAGCGGAGGAAGAAGUUGCUGAGCCAACUUCACCAACCGAGGAGUAAAUUCAAUGCAUUAUAUAAUUUUGUUUAUUUACAAAUAAUUUUAUUUAGUUUGCAUUUAAUUUUUAAAAGAUUUUUGAAUAUCAGCACGGGAGAUAUUGUUCAUAUUUAUUAAAAAUCAGUUGGAUGUGUUCGAAUAAGACAUGAAAGACGAACAUAAACAGAAACAGAAACAAGCGUUGUUGUUGUUGUACUUUUGUGUAAAUAACUUAUUUAUUGUAACUUUAAAAAAUUGUAUAUUAAACAAUUAAAUUAUCACAUUAAAUUGUUAUCUAUUUUAACAAAACAAA